GGUAUACACAGAUAGCUAACGUCUAUCCUGGGUCCAAACUGUGUACGUGAUUGGAGUUUGUUGUUGUUGUCAGACGCUCUCUUCUCCUACACAUACCGAACAAGUCUACGCCCCUUUACGCCUUUCUCUUUCUUUAUCCUAACACGCUCGCUUAAAUAGCCUCUCUCGUUUUCGACUUCGAUCCGUUAGAUCACGAGUACUCUGACGUAUCCGUGACGUCGCUCUGACAUCACGACUUGUAAACGGCUAACUCUUCCGGAAUAUUCUGCGAUAUACUAUUUAAGAGAUGGGGAUUGAGUGUUACAUAUUAGUUGGUGGUAGGUCGAUAUUAGGGUUAAGCUUGACAUAACCAUUGGAUUGGCGACUAAUGGAAUAUUGGACUCGGACCAACAUAUUAAGUGUGGGAUAUUCUUGCAUUGUUGCAUCACCACGAGAGUGCUAUUGCGUCACAGAUCAAUUUACUUAUGAAUCUACCACAGAGAAUAUGCUUGUACCCAACGACCAGCAUCCAAAUGAUGAAGAACCGGGUAUGAUAGAUUCUCUAUCAUCUCCCGCAAGCAAUGAAGUCGAUGCGGUGCAAACUGUACUAACAGUAGAAGCUACGAGUACGUUUUCACCCAGCAAAGAUGUUCCCAGACGAGGAACUGGUGAAUUAAAAAGGCAGCUGUCCGAUCCUGCAAUGCCAGCAACUACACAAAACGAUAACUUCAAAGAACGAACGGGUAAUGACAAAGAACUGGAAGAUUGUGAAAUGUUAGAGCAAAACGACUUAUUCUGUAAUGAAGAACCGUUGACAACCCACUCUGACGAGACGGGUGUGUUUGACAUGACAGAUAUCUUAGAUAACUUGGACGACAAGGUUUUUGUUGAUAAAACACCCCGAAAAGCGAAUGCAUCUGGGACCGAAGAAAAACAGCAAGCACAAGCAAGUACAGAGGACGAGCUGGAAGUCUUUCACGUUCCAAACCCGGUACGUCGUUCAAGGUCAGACACAGAUAAUGGAUGCGUGACACAUGCGGCAAGCACCGUGCGUAGAAGAAAGUCUGUUCAUUUUGCGGAUUCUCGUGGUCUUGAUUUGGAAGUGCGCAUAUCAUUUAAACAAGACGAUCAUAACGUACCGCCACGUUUAAAAGAGGCAUUAGACAAAGUACGAGCGCAAGUCGACGGAGAACCGUCGGGAAUGGAACUAUACGCUGGAGGGAGUUUUGAUACAGUUCGGACACAUUUUUCUCUCAAUGUAAACUUUCAGCAACCUUUUUUGGACCCAAGUUUUCAGAGAAGGAUAUCAAGUCAAAACGUUUGUUUGGAAAGUAUUUCGAUCCUUCCAUUUUCUCUGUCACUCACAGGCGUUAUACGAGUCGUCAAUCUUGAGUUUCAAAAACAAGUUUUCGUCCGUUACACAGCGAAUAAAUGGAGAUCCUUUUCGGAUAUUCCCGCGUGUUUCGUGUCCACCGUUCAUAAUUUCAAUCAGGAUCAGUUUUCCUUUCACUGUGUUGCGCCAAGCGAUAUACAAAGCAAUGACGUCAUCGAAAUGGCAGUGGGUUACAGACUACCGUUAUCGGGCCGGACAUUCUGGGACAAUAACAACGGAAGAAAUUACGCAAUAAGCUACGUCGAGCACCAUGCCACGCAUUCAGAUACCGCGUUGAUGACGUAGGGUGACGUCACACCCAAUGACGUCAUACCCCGUGACGUCAUAUCAUCAGUAACGUCACACUCCGAACAGGUCACAGGCCAGCAAAAGCCCAUAUAACCGACGUGGUGCUUUAAAAAAGGUGUUAUUCAAUCUUAAUAAUUGUAAUACUUUUAUUACCAAUACAUCUGAUGACGGUUUGAAAGCUGAACUACUGCUGCGCUUUGGAAGAGACAUAACCCAGUCUGGGGCACAAGUUUUAAAAGAACUGUAUUAUAAACGCAAAUUUUUGUAUAACUGUCUGAUGCGGUUGCUUAUACACGUUUUUUUUGUGUGUCCUGCGUAGAUUAGCGAUUUUCAAAUCCCGAGCUGUUGUUGCAACGUAAUUAAUUUCACUGUACACGUUUUUGUUGGUAUGCGCGAUGGGACACAUGCGUGGUUCACUUGUCGAUCCUUGACUGCGUGAAAGCGCGCUUUUACGUAAUUGUUAAUUUGUAUAUUGCGUAAUCAUUGUGUUUGCGUAAUCCCCUUAACACACAAAUUUGCUGUAUAUUGCAAGCAUCACUAAGCUCACAUUCUGUAUCACACAAUCGCCAAGCUUAAUUGCUGCUUUUAACAAGAGUGAAAUAUAUAUAGAAGCUAGUUGCACUUGAAUUUGAAGCUGUCAUGUGCAGAUCACGCACUCUCACAAUUAUGCACUGUGAACAUAAUUCCCCUUCCUGUGCGGGCGUUAGUACAUCAAAAUUAAAGUAUUCGUUUUAAUUGCGAACCUAAGCCAUCGCACUCGUUGUGGUUCAAAACCCAUCACGACGUGUCGCGAUUUAACAAGUUAAACGGCCCCGAAAGACCUUUUCCAUCCUUUCACUGCAGUACAUUUAAUUCUUCUUAUUUUAAUAAAAUUUAUAUCUUGCCGUGUAGCUUACACAUUUGCUUUCAAAAUCAAUCAAAGGUGCCAGAAUGUCAAGCAUUCGUCCAUUUUCGUUGCCUGGCUUUGCAAAUUUAAGUUUAAUAUUUGCUUAUGUUUUGUAACGUAAGGAUUUUAUAUUUACCCCAUAUAUAUGUGAUUGCAUUAUUUUAAGAAUAUCUGAUAUACAAUUGCCGCACGAAUUUUAGGGACGAACUGCAUUUUUAUUCAUUUGAUUUUGCAUCCUUUAAAAUGUACAUGAAAACCAUUAUGUGUUAAAAAUUGCUUUUUCGUUCUGCCAA